AUGCCGGUUCAGUUCUCUCGCCUGUGCCAUUUGGGCGGUGUGGGAGUGGCUGGCUACUUGUUAUAUGAUAUCAGCACGAGAGAGUGGUCCGUGCGCCACACGUGGUCCACUGCUCUGACGCAGUAUUUUAGCUCUUGGAUCUUGGCUGCAUGCGGCCGACAGCAGCUCCGGCGCCUCUGCCGUGAGGCGGAAAGGGGCGAUGAGGUUCAGCGGAGUCUGCUCACUGAGAUUCUGCAGCGGCACCAGGGCACAUCUGUGGCACGAAGCCAUAAGCUGCAAGGAGUUGCGACCUACGAUGUUUUUCGGCAAAGUCAUCCCGUCACGCAUCGUAGCGAUUACAUGCGCGGGGGCCAGUACAGCCUUCAUGAGGAGCACAUUGAGAACAGGGAGGAGGAAAUGAAGCGAACUUUCCUCCAAAGAGGCGCUUUGACCGCGUUUGCGGUGCUUGCAGACUUUUUCCCCGAGUCAUUAGAUGAGCUGCAGCGAGUGGCUUUGCUGACAUCGAUUCGCGAUGUACUUGGCAUGCUGCCGGGCUUCUCUACAAGAGAGAGCAGUGUCCAACGGCUGUCCUUCGUGUUGGCCAGCCCGCUCGAGGCCUAUGAGCUGAAAAGUGAGACGGACAGGCUGUACGCGCAUGCGCUCUUUGCUCUGAAGGAUUCCGCGCUGGGAAUCAUUCAGUCCAGCUCAGCUGCAGGUGUGAAUGAGCUGCUGAACGGCGCACGAGACAACCGCCGCCACCUGGUGCAGGACAUGCGAAAUGGCCACCUCUGGGACCGGCAGCUACCAGAGGCAGCGCCGCAGCCAGAGAUGCGAGCGGUACUGGAUGCGGCGUUGUGCGGCCCUGACGGGCGGCGUUCCCAAGAGGUGGACCGCAUGCUCAAGGCGCGAGCGUUGGCGUCCGAGCUCUGGCCGCGAUUGAAGGUGGUUGUCAUCACUGGAGAGACAUCCUGUGAUGAAGCGCUGAAAGAGUCUUUGGGGAGGGUUCCUACCUAUGCUCCGCUCUACUGCACCGAGGAGGGGCAUCUUGGAAUCAACGUGUUCCCAGACUUGCCUUUUGGUGUCUGUACGUAUCUGCUAGAUCCUGGCAGCAUGUUCUUUGAGUUUGCGCCUACGGGCAACGACAAUCCGGUGCUCGAUCAGGUAAUCCCUGCAUGGGAGGCUGCUGUGGGGCAGAGGUACGACAUUCUUGUCACCACCCCCAACGGGCUCUGCCGUUGUAGGCUGGGAGAGACGAUUAAGGUUCACGCCAUGUUUGGCAAAAUGCCAGUCGUUUCUGUGGAGCCCAAACCUGGUGUUGCAGCACUGGCGUCGCUCGUAGCUUUCCGGGGAGUCUUUUGUAGCGGAUGGUUGGCAAGGCAAUCUCCAGCAUCUCACAUGCAGUGUUGGCUCAAAGCAGUCGGUCGAAUGAAGCUAGGGUGCAUGGGCUCAUAG